UCAACCUCGCUUUGAGCUAACGCUCGUCUAGCCUUUUUUGUCGAUGGCAUGGUGCUACUGUAUACGACAGGGCCAGCGUUAUUACGAGAAAGGACGGCGAUUUAAAGUGAAUUCGGUCAAUUAAUGUCAAAAAAUUGACUCAUGCAGGGUUUUAAAUUGCAUGUCAGCCGUUACGUUUUUAACAGUCCAACACCCAGCCUCAAAAUUUGAGGUUGCCUCCUCUGCUAAGGUUAGCUGGCUAGCGGGAUAACGACACCUUAGCCGAUUAACGCGAAACUAGUUAAGCUAACAGUAACUUCAGCCAAUUAAUAAUUACCGACGUUACAUCUCAAAUUAGGAGUUAUUUGAAACCGGUGAAAAUCGAGAAAUAGCAUGGCAGAAGCCGAUAAGCUAAACAUUGACUCCAUUAUACAGCGUCUGCUUGAAGUUAAAGGCUCCAGACCUGGCAAAAAUGUACAGCUGACAGAGAAUGAGAUCCGUGGUCUUUGCCUCAAAUCCCGGGAGAUCUUCCUCAGUCAGCCAAUCCUGCUCGAACUUGAGGCGCCCCUGAAGAUUUGUGGUGACGUCCAUGGGCAGUACUAUGAUCUGCUGCGACUGUUUGAAUAUGGGGGCUUUCCUCCUGAGAGCAACUACCUGUUCCUCGGGGACUAUGUAGACAGAGGAAAGCAGUCCCUAGAAACCAUCUGCUUGUUGCUGGCUUACAAGAUCAAAUACCCAGAAAACUUCUUUCUGCUGAGAGGAAACCAUGAGUGUGCCUCCAUUAACAGAAUAUAUGGCUUCUAUGAUGAGUGUAAGAGGCGAUACAACAUAAAGCUCUGGAAGACAUUCACCGACUGUUUUAACUGUUUGCCUGUUGCAGCCAUUGUUGAUGAGAAGAUCUUCUGUUGCCAUGGAGGCCUCUCCCCAGACCUCCAGUCUAUGGAGCAGAUCCGAAGGGUCAUGCGUCCCACUGACGUGCCUGACCAAGGUCUCCUCUGUGACCUGCUCUGGGCCGAUCCUGACAAAGAUGUACUAGGCUGGGGCGAGAACGACCGUGGUGUUUCUUUCACAUUUGGUGCUGACGUGGUUACAAAGUUCCUCCACAAGCAUGACAUGGACUUAAUUUGUCGGGCCCAUCAGGUGGUUGAGGAUGGAUAUGAGUUCUUUGCAAAGAGGCAGCUGGUGACACUGUUCUCAGCCCCAAACUACUGCGGUGAGUUCGACAAUGCUGGCGCCAUGAUGAGUGUAGACGAGACGCUGAUGUGCUCAUUCCAGAUUCUCAAACCUGCAGACAAGAAGCUGUUUUAUGGUGGUGGAGGGGGCAUGGGCUCUGGUCGCCCAGUCACUCCACCCAGGAAAGCUAAGAAAUGACACCAGUAGUCUGCCCUUGACCUGCAAACCUUCCCUUCUGCCCUCUCUACCUCUCUUCUCCUUUCUUUCACCAAACAGCCAGAAAUCAAACCUAUACCCAGGGCUUUUUUUCCUUUUUUAUCUGUACUUCUUAAAACAUUUAAUGUUAUGAAUUGUCUGAACGAGAGUGAGUAAAUGAAUGCACGUGGGUGAAAGAAUGUGUGGUAGUGAACAUUAAAAUUGUGUGUGAGUAUUAGAGAUUUAUACUUUCCCCCCUCUAACCACUCGUUCCAUGGAAUGGUUGAAGCCACAGUGUCUGUACAGUAACUGACUGAAACGCAGGGUCUGGAGAUAGUGGGAGUUUGCUGAUAUGAUGCAGCGAACCCCUGCCAGCAGGUGUUGUUUGUGUGGGUGAGUGUGUGUGGAUGUGGAGGAGGGAAGUAGUUCAUUUUCCCUGUCCUGUACUGUAAAAUCUCAGAAACAGGUGCGUGUGUGUCUGUGUGCGUGCGCAGUUGUCUUGCUUUUGAGUGUGAAAACAGGAAGAAGAAUGUUGCUUGAACUCGCGUUAGCAAGCACACGCUUACGCACGCACACACGCACAUGCACACACACACGCACACACAUAUGACUCUUCAGAUUCAUAUAAGCCAGAGCUGUAAAAACCCCAAACAGUUUAGGUUUGUACAGAUUUGAUUACUUGAAAGAGAUUUUUUGUGAGUUCGUUUUGUAGUCUUUCAUCAAGUUGACCAAUAAAGUGAGAAUCUGAGUAA